AUGAAGGCUACCACAUUUGUUGUCACCUCUCUGGCCGCCUCUAUGGUCACGGCAAGCCCUCACUUUGGACCAGCAUCCCUCUCUCACUGGAGACCUGCUGGGCCGGAUGACUAUCGUGGUCCUUGCCCCAUGUUAAAUACCCUGGCCAACCAUGGAUUUUUCCCUCACGACGGUAGAAAUAUCACCAGGGAUGUGGUGAUUGAUGGCUUGGGUGCCGCAUUGAACUUCAAUUCCUCGCUUGCCAGCCUGAUGUUUGAUAUGGCUAUCGUGGCCAACCCCGUGCCCAAUGCCACCUUCUUUACGCUUGACCAGCUCAACCGUCAUAAUGUCCUCGAGCAUGAUGCAAGCUUGAGUCGCACCGAUGCAUACUUCGGAAACAACCACGUCUUCAAUGAAACCAUCUUCCAAGAGACCAUAAAGUACUGGACCGGUUCUACCCUCGACCCAGACAUGUUGGCCAACGGGAAGCUGGCCCGCCAGGUCUCUUCGAAGGCGUUCAAUCCUACGUACACAUUCACCGAAAGCAUGGAACAAUUCAGCCUGGGAGAAGUGGCUGCCCCUAUUGUUGCGUUUGGUGAUCUGCAGACCGGCCGCGUGAGCAGGGCAUUGGUAGAAUAUUUCUUCCGUAACGAGCGAUUCCCCGUUGAGCUUGGCUGGAAGAGGAAGUCGAAAGUUUUGGUUUUUCUUUGCAAUCUAUCAAAGAAGGACAAGGACUUUGCAGGAUUCAGCACUGAACAAGCCGUCCAGAGAGUGACGGUUGCGCCUGACCGCCAUGGAGACAGCUCCCCUCACCUUGUUCUUGAAACCCGCAAAGCGAAUCCUGUCGCCGCCAGCGAGGAGCACGACCUGGCGGCCGGCGAAUUCGCCGCCGCUGCCCAAAGUAGCUCCGAUCGCGAAGCCUUGCGAACUCUGCAGCUCCUCGAACAACAUCAUAAACAGCUCGCCCAGAUCCUCCGUUUCCAACAUGAACAUCCGCCCUCCGCUCCCUCCGUGGGAUCGACUGACCCAGACACCGCGAAAGCGUUGUCCCAGGCUGUAGACACCCAGCAACAACCGCCCAAAUUAGCAGCGCAUGCUCGACUGCCGACGCGGGAAACGUCGUCGAUCGCUAGCAACUUGGCCUCCGCACGGGGCAUUCCAGCUCAACCUCGUCGUGCUUCGCCAGCUUCCCCCACCGUCUCCGCCCAGCAAGCCGGCGCGAAGAUGGUCGACGGCCCAACAAAGAUCAGGACAAGCGAGAGACUACGUGGGACACAAGCGCAUGGUACGAAGGAGCGAUCUAGCCGUCCAUCUGCCCCCAGGCAACCUUGGUCUCCGCCAUCAAUCAGCCCUACAGAGAUUACGUCACAGGAAUAUGUGCCGCCUCCGGUCGAGUCGUUACGCCCCCGAGACAAACAGUCUUUGACGGACGAGGGAUUUCAGAAAUUUUACUCCACCUUCGAAGGGCUCAUUUCAAAAAUAUCUGCUCCGUUGGCGUUCGCAGGUCUUCCUCUGGGGUUGGAUGGGGCCAGUCAAGCCGAGUCGAGUCGUAAAUCGCCAGCCGACACAAGAGUCGACCGUCACCAUGCGACUUCCGAUCGUCAGGUCUCUUCCACAGACCCUGACAUAAGCAAAAUUUUCUCCAAGGCUGCUCUACAGGCAAUCCGAGAUUCAACAGGUGGAGGCACAGGAAACACUGCCGAGUCGUUCUACGUGGUUCCGACGACCGGCGGCACAGUAUCGUACGCGGGAAUCCUCGCGCGGAAGGACAAGGACGCACGGCGAAACAGUCUUGAUGUGGAUGACGAUGAUGAUUUUGUGGACGCUCGCGAAACUCCUGCAUCACCAGAGGUGUACCAGAACCUCUCUCGCGGCAAAGGGAAGUUUGGUCGCGGAUCUGAGAAGCUUACCAGCUUACAGAACCCAAAGACCAUGGAGGAACUGCAAAUGGAAAACCAGGCCCUGAGACACCUGUCCGACACCUUGUCCAAGCGCCUGCACAUGUGGGAGGUUAAUGCACAGUCUUCCUCUAUGGCGCUGCAACAGUCUCUGAAGGCCAUGCAUCACCAGAACAUUCCCUCCCCAGAACAACACCCGCAGUCAUCAUCCGCGGUGCCGUCGCCUGUCUCGGCUCUCUCUGCGCCAGCUGUGUCGGAGCAUGACCAGCGGCGAGAAAGAGCUGGAGAAGGUCGGCCGUGA